AUGUCGUACGACUCAUAUAGAGGCUCAGCUGGAAGGGUAAGAGGUGGUGCUGAUAGAGGAAGUGGGUAUACUGAUGACCACUAUGGCCUGAGUAAUUAUUAUCGUGGAGGCUACAGAGGUAGAGGAGGAAGAGGAGGAAGAGGACUGCUGUAUCGUGGUGGACGUGGAAACUAUGGCGGAGGAUACAACUCACAGUAUUACGGUAGCAACUUUAGAGGUGGAAGUAGUGGUGGAUACUAUGGCAAGCAUGGCAGCUUCAGUGGUCGGGAUGAUAGGAGUCGAGGAAGUUCCUACUCUGAGCAUCAAGAGAGGGGAGAAGAGCAUCUGUCCCCACAGCCUAUAGAACAGAGACAAGAGAGCAUAGAGCGUGAGGAUGAAGAUGAAAGCGGGUACCAAGGAACAGGUCCAUCAUACGGACGUAGUGGUAGUGGUGGUGGCUACAGAGGAGGACCGUUUAGAGGUAGUAGUUACAAGAGUCGGCAUGGAAGCACGCACCAUCUGGGUGAGUUUUACAAAUCUGGAGGUGUGGUUGAUAAAACUUCCCGACAUUACAAAGAAUUCUUACAUGAUACCAAAUUAAAACCAUUUCAAAAUCCAUGGAUAAACAUUAUGGGAAUUACAGAUGAAGCACAACAGACAACUUUAGAGGAUAAUUACAAUGAGCAAGCGAAAGCUGACGAGGCUAUUCGAGAGCUACAAAGGAAAAAGAUAAAAUUGGAGAUGGCAAUCUCGAGUUUGGAAAAGCAUGCUGCUCGAGAGGAGUUGCAAGUGCAGUUGACUACUGAGAAAUUGGAUGAAUUUGUAUAUAUUUAA